GUUGUUGCAGAGUCACUGCGACUGUUGGACUGUAAACAAGGCAGAGAGACACAGAGUCGCCAUUUAAAACGAGGCCUUUAACGUCUCCGAUCGAUGUUUUUAUUCACAGUUUAUGUUCGUUCGUGGGAGAUUUCGUGACACGCCUCCAGCCCUGCAUGCGCAGAGUUUUAAUAAACGCGCGGGUUUUGUGUUUUUGGGCACGGUGCUAGCCCAACGAAGCUAGCAGUCAGUUAGCCUGUGUUAGCCGUCGCUAGCCUCGCUGGCUAGCCAACAUCUAAGGGCCCGUUUCGAGGGACAAACCUUUUAUGCCCCGUGUUUAUCUCUUUCUUCACCGCGACCAGGAUAUCCUGAACCCUGGGUGGCUGGUCAGAGCAGCCUCCUCCCACCAUGGAGGCAGGAGGGAAGGACUGUGAGGAGGAAACACUGCAGACGGCGUUCAAGAAGCUCAGGGUCGAUGCUGAGAGUGUACCCGGAGCUGUGAGCGUCUCGGAGGUGUUGGCUCCCAGAGUGGCGUCCCGUGCGUGUCUUGACACCAGCGGAGCGAAGCCCAAACUCGGCUGCCCGAAGGACAACUGGCACGGCUGCAUGAGGAAAACUUCUCGAGGAGCAUCCAGAAGCCAGCGCCGUCGCAGGUCCAAGUCCCCCAUCCUCCACCCGCCGAAGUUCACCUACUGCAGCACUGCCGCGGCCGCCGCACUGUCGCCCUCCAGCGGCUGCCUGAAGCACCAGCGCCUGGCCGUGCCCGACUCUGUGGAGCCUCGCCCCGCGGUCGAUGGAUUAACAGCCUCCUCUGCAGCCGCCCCGGCCCAGAAAGAGCUCUCCUCCUCGGCCGGCUCCCCUCUGGUGUUUGGAUCUUGUUCUGGGUACGAGACGGCGUCCUUACAGGAGAUCCCCUCUGUUGUUACGACAUCAUCCAGGCGAGACGGAGAAGGCGGCGGAGAGUCGAGCAAGGAGGGCGACCCGGAGAAAAGUGCCUGCGAGGGAGCAGAGUCCGGAGCAGCUCCGAUAUCCGGACCUGCAGACGCCGCUGACUUCCGAGCUUUGUCGGAGCUCCACAGCUCCGCGGCGGGCCCCAACGUCCCCCGCUGCUCCUGUGCCUGGAGGAAAAGUUCAGACUCGGCGGCGGCGGAGAGCCGGCAGGCGGCCGAGUCUCAGUGCCAGUGUCAGAGCCUCCAUCAGAGCUGGCAGGGCGUGGAGGUGUACUCCUUCACGGGGCUCCGCAACGUCAUUUCCGAGUGUGAGAGGAGCCCGCCGAGCCGCGGCGACGCCCCCAGAACUCUGAGCGCCAGCAGUAAUGCCGCCGCAGCUUCGCCACCUUCGUCGUUGUCGUCGGGCUCCCCUCGCUCGUGUUCGGAGCAGGCGCGGGCCUACGUGGACGACAUCACAAUAGAGGACCUUUCUGGCUACAUGGAGUAUUAUCUCUACAUCCCCAAGAAGAUGUCACACAUGGCCGAGAUGAUGUACACUUAAAAAAGAAGCUAUUAUCUAAAUAUCAUAAGAAAAUCAUAAAGAGGUUUAUUUCCAGUUAUUGGGGGAAAGGUGGCCUCGCAGGAAUGUAAUUAGCGGGUAAAAGAAUGGAUCAGGCAUGAGAGCUGUAAUUUAAAUAUGAAACUGAUGUGAGAUGUUUCCAUCGUCCCCCUCAGUUUGAGUCUCCACAUCAGUUUACUCAAACUCACCGAAACAAACGAACGAGGAUUUCUCAUCAGUUUUGACUCUCAGCUCUAUCUUUUUUUGUGCUUCAUUUAAAUUAAUUUUUGGGGUUUACAGAUGAAGUUGCCAAAGCUCUUGGUGUUUGCAGGACGAGGUGACGGCGAGAAGAUGCAAACUUGUGAUGCCAAGUGUUUGUGGUGUUGUGAGCUGUCUGGAUUUCAUUUCACUCAAUAAAAAGAAGCAAACAGUUUUUGUCUGGAAA